AUGGAAUUGUAAUUGAAAAUGCAAUCAUAAGAGUUCCUAGGAAACUCUCUAUAUUUGGCCACAGCAACCUCAUUUGUAAAAACAUAUCCUAAUGGACUUGUGGUACCAAAGACUAUGCCAAAUAGUAAUCUAAGGAUGAUAGUUUCAUUAUAGGACUGGCAAGACUAGUGUAAUAGACUAGUAUCAUUGAAAGUCCUGCGAAAAUUGAAAAUGAAGUUUUUCGACUGA